UCCAUCUUCAGGACACAUUUUACACUGGUCAUUCUGACCAUAGGGUUCGGGGCACGAGGCAGCUGAAUGAAAUGAUUAUUAAAUCUCAGAACUGUUCCUAUAAAGUCAAAUAAACAUUAACCCUUCCACUCGCAGCUUCCUUCAUCUUCAAAGAGCCGCGCGGUGAAAAGGUGGGGCUCAGUGAACAAACACGUCAUGAAGUAAGUCCGCGCGCGCACAUCCGACCCGGUGUGGUGUGUUGGAGAGACUUCCAGGGGCGCGUGCAGAGGAAGCAGCCAGGUGAAGCUUCUCACCGUCACACAGAUCUCCUUUCUUUGAAUACAUUUGGACAAGUGUGCCUGGAAUGUGCUGAACUGUCUGCCCACUCGAAUAAACACCCCGAACACCUCACACUCGCAGGAAAAAGCAGACACACCCACUCUCCAUGGCCCACCCAUAUGAGCCGUGGCUGCGUGCGGCGCCCCCUGGAGGCCCGGAGGAGGUGGGCAUGUCUGGUUGGUGGGAUCUGCAUGGGGGAGCUGCAGGAGGCUGGAUGGACCUCCAGGGGUCAGCAACACUCGGGGUCGGAGGCGGGGCCAUGGGUCAGGGUGGCCCCAUGGGCCUGCAACCAGCAGUCAGCACCUAUAACCCUGAAGCUCAGAUGUGCUGCCUGCCGUCCUCACCCCAUGCUGGUCCACUUUACCCCCCUGAUGGCUUCAAAAUGGAGCCGCUGGCGCCUGACAUGAUGCAUACUCCACAUCACUCCACCUCCUUCUCCCUGGAGGAGUCGCAGGAGGGAGCGAGCGGCUCAGCUCGGCCAAAAUCACAGCGCCGGUCUGGAACCAGAGCUCCGGGUCAGACAGCCUGUCGCUGCCCAAACUGCCUGAGUGCAGAGUCGCUAGGAGCCAACAACGAUGGAGAUGAUGCCAGCAAGCGCAAACACCUACACAACUGCCACAUCCCGGGCUGCGGGAAGGCCUACGUGAAAACGUCUCACCUGAAAGCUCACCUGCGCUGGCACAGCGGCGACCGGCCCUUUGUCUGCAACUGGCUGUUCUGUGGGAAACGCUUCACGCGCUCUGAUGAGCUGCAGCGCCACCUGCAGACGCACACCGGCGCAAAGCGCUUCAGCUGCAGCGUUUGUCCUCGUGUCUUCAUGCGCUCUGACCACCUGACAAAGCACAUGCGUGUUCACGAGGAGCAGGGGAGCACAGAAAACACCUCACCUGCCCCCAUCGGUGACGGAGCUCUGACGACUGCUCCACCUACCGGGGCAGCGCCGAACCUGCGACUGAAGAGUGAAAGCAAUGCUAGUGGAGACGAGACACCAGCAAACAGCACCUAACCCACACCAAGAGAACACUUCCUUAUUCAUGAAGCUAACGCUAAACUCCACUGUUCUGAUCACGCUAACACUAAACUACACCUUGCUAAUCACAGCACUGCUAGCAAUAUCUGGUAAAGUAUCAUGGUGUUAGCAUUGUUAGCAUGAACUAACACUGUAUAUCACUGAAUAAAAGGUGAUUAGGCUGUUAACACUGAAUUUCAUUAACUGUAGCAUUAGCAUUAGCAUUGCUGUCACCUGAGGCAUUACUUAUGAUAACAUUACCAACACUGAUGUCACUGAAUGAGGUGCUAGAUCUAAAAGCAUUAGGCUGUUAGCGCUGUGUUUCACUUAUUAAUGGUGCAUAAUUAAGAUUGUUAAUAAAUAUUGAAUAACAUUGAUAAAUAUAUAGUUAGGGCUCUUAGCAUAAACCGAUUAGCACCGGAUAGCGCUGACUGAGGUGUUUUAGAUAGCAUUAAUGCAAACUAUUACUGAUGUAGCGAUGUUAGUAUCAACUACAGAAUAUCAAUAAUUAGUCUACGUGUUAGCAUGGUUUGUUGUCAGCUUGCUACAUUGGAUGGCUAAUAGUAGGGCUAGCACUGUUAGCAUUAGCUGGUUAGCACUGAAUAUCACUGACUACUGCUGCAGUUAGCAUUACGUUAGUAAUAGUAACAUUAGCACUGUUUAAGAUGGCUAACAAACCUUACGCCUGAAUGAUCUGACGUUAGCAGCGUUAGUGUAGCCAUGAGUAACACGUAGCGCUGGUAAACUUAACGCAGUUAUUAGAGUUAACACUGUUUACAUUAGUGCUGCUAAUAAUAGUGAUUAAUGUUAGCACCACACACACACACACGUAGAGUUGAAUAAAGUUGGAUGAUCUCGUGACUAUGGCGCGGUGAAAUGUCUGACUUUUAGCUUAAUGUUUAAUAUUUUUCAUUCUUUUAUUUCUGAGUAUAAUUUAUUAAAGAGUUAAAGAACAGAGACGAACAUUUAUGACCCAUGUGUUUAUUAACAGCUGAACAUCAUCAUCAUCAUAAUAAUAAUGAGAGCGAGGGUUGAUGCUAGCCGCUUGGUCUUGUCUUGUCACGUCUCUCUGUUAAAUGUCUUUAAGCUCACGUCUUUUUAAAGAUAAAUUGUUAGCAGUUCAUUAUUGAAAGAUGAAAGUGCAGAAUAUUAGGAAGCGUUUGCUGUUAUUUUAUAAAGCUGAUAUUCUGUCAUGUUUUAUAUCCAGUGUGGAUUUGACUCCAGAGCGCGGUUCCUGAGGAGUUCCUCUGCAGCUCUUUCAGCUGAAUGCAUUACAUUACACUGAUGUGUUUUAUGUAUUAAAGCUCUACACAAUAGUCUUUAAGUCCGGUUUAAAACCUGCUGGAAUAAAGUCUCA